GCGCUUCUGGGCGACAAAUUCCCGUACGAGGCUAGGUUUCUGACGUCAAACGUUAAACUGAAGAGGCAGGGGGACCUCAGCAUCUAGAGGGUGACUGGUUGGGGAAAGCUGUUGAGAUACGUUUUUGUUGGGAAGCCACAAUGACCAGUGACUGGCAAGACACCUUUUAGUGGACGACGGCAAGCUACUUGCAAAGCUAUGAUGAGCCUGGCGUUACGGGAGCGAGACAAAUAGCGGGUGGACUGUGGUGAUAGGAUGAGGCCCAGCGCGUCAGUUUGCCGCACCAGCUCUCCACGAGUCCUCAAGAACCUGCGACGCAGAUACACAUUUCUCCAGGCCAAGGUAGUAUAAGUGAUAGUGCACGCUUGAAAUUAGCACAUGGACAAACGAAGGAGUGCAUGCGGAGUGGUCGUCGUGCUCUUCAGAAAGCCAGGAGGUAUUCUUAACUUUCUACCACUCAAUGCCGAAGCUGUUCCUCCCUGACAGGACUGUUCAGCCAUACCCUCAAGACAUUCUGCUCAUCGACUACGCCUCCGACACCUGUGCAUUGCAGCAUACAACCUUUCUCUCAAAAAUCAUGGAGGCUGUGGGUGAAGAGGAGCCAAGGCCUGAAACUCCUCUUUGUGACAAUGGAAGAACCUUUGGAGCAAUCGGCUCAACUCUCGAGGAGCUACAGACCGAUGAUCAGCGAAGGAUACUCGACACCAUCACGCAAUUACGAAAGUGCGGUCUCGACGGAAUCCUCUCCCUGCCCGAUAUCGUCGUCUGCGGGGAUCAGUCGGCCGGCAAAAGCUCCGUGUUGGAAGCACUAACCGAGAUACCUUUCCCGAGGAACGACAAUCUCUGCACGCGAUUUGCCACGGAAAUUAGCCUCCGACGAGAGCUCGCCGAGAGCCUUACCGUUAGGGUGAUCCCGGGCAAUGAAUGGGGCCAAGAAGAUCAAAAACGAAUCAGAGAUUUCUCGGAAUCCAUCACCGAUUUCAAGGACUUGCCCUUCAUCAUCGACGCUGCGACGAGAGUCAUGGGCAUCGGCAUUGGGGGCGGUGGUAGCUCACAGCAGGACCGGGCACUUGAUAGCGCUUUCUCCAAGGACACACUCAGCAUCGAGAUCAACGGACCUGACCGCCCGCAGCUUACUCUCAUCGAUGUACCGGGCCUGAUUCAGUCCGCUACGAAAGGCGUCACCGAGAAUGACGUCGCUUUGGUCGCAGACAUCACCGACCGCUACAUCAAGCGGCCUCGUACCAUUUGCCUGGCCGUCGUGUCAGCAACCAACGACGCGGCCAACCAGCCGAUCCUUCAACGUGUUCGCAGAUUCGAUCCGAGAGGCGAGCGUACCCUCGGUGUCAUCACGAAGCCCGACCAAUUGCCGGAGGGAUCUGGCGCCGAAUCCAAGUUCCUCGAGCUCUCUCGCAAUGAAGAUGUAUUCUUCAAGCUUGGAUGGCAUGUCAUUAGGAAUCGCCGUUUCUCCGAGAACGGGUUUUCAUUCUGUUGACCUCGCCAUUCGGGAGCAGCGAGAGGGUGCUUCGGGUGCGAAAGGAAAGACCGGCACGAGGGC